AUGGGGGAGACAGGCGCCGGGCGGGGCGCGGGGCGCGCACUGGGUGCUCUUCUCCCGCGGCCCGUCCGCCGCCUCCCCGCCGGCCGCCCGCGCCCCGCCACCGCCGUCAAGCGGGCGCACCCUGAGUACAGCUCGUCGGACAGCGAGGAGCUGGACGAGGCCGUCGAGGUGGAGAAGGAGAGCGCAGACGAGAAUGGGGCGCUGAGCUCGGCCGCGGGCUCCAUGUCUCCUUCCACCACCUCGCAGAUCCUGGCCAGGAAGAGACGCCGAGGGAUAAUCGAGAAGCGUCGCCGCGAUCGCAUCAAUAAUAGCCUGUCCGAGCUGAGGAGGCUGGUGCCCAGCGCCUUCGAGAAGCAGGUAGUGCCCGAGGAACCCCCACACACUGCCCUCUGCCCGGAGCAAGGCUCGCCCCUCUCUGCCUUCUCUGGCUCUGGAUCAGCCAAGCUGGAAAAAGCAGAGAUUCUGCAGAUGACUGUCGAUCAUCUGAAAAUGCUGCAUACAGCAGGAGGGAAAGGUUACUUUGAUGCUCAUGCUUUGGCGAUGGACUACCGGAGCCUGGGCUUUCGAGAGUGCCUGGCCGAGGUGGCUCGGUACUUGAGUAUCAUCGAGGGGCUGGAUGCCUCUGACCCUCUGCGUGUCCGGCUCGUGUCUCACCUCAAUAACUACGCCUCGCAACGGGAAGCAGCGAGCAGUGCACACACCGGCAUUGGACACAUUCCCUGGGGCAGUGCCUUUGGACAUCACCCUCACAUAUCUCACCCCUUGCUGCUAGCUCAAAAUGGGCACGGAAACACCACUACUACAGCAUCUCCCACAGAACCACAUCACCCGACCAGAAUUGCUGCCCCACAUGCUGAGACUUCCUCACUCAGAGUGCCCCCAAAUGGCAGCGUUGGACCAGUGCUCCCCGUGGUCACAUCUACCAAACUGUCUCCUCCUCUGCUCUCCUCCAUGGCAUCCCUGUCUGCAUUCCCCUUUUCAUUUGGUUCCUUCCACCUGCUCUCCCCCAAUAUGCUGAGCCCGUCAGCACCAACGCAGUCAGCAAGCCUUAGCAAACCUUACAGACCCUGGGGGACUGAGAUUGGAGCCUUCUAAGAACUGACUCUUUAGUGAGGGUGGGGAAACCUACAAACCUAGCUGAGCUGGGUUCUGCCAUGCUUAAAGUUGAAGUUCUUAAUGACUGGGACAAAGGUACAGCUUCAUCUUAACUAAGUUUGUCUAAAAACUCUU